CUACCAAAUGAUAUGCGAUGUUGACACUUCAAUGCCGUCGUGCUCGUGAUCGUGGGACGAGAAGAGGGCCUUGCGAGAAGGGAGGGGCUGGGAGGAGGACACAGCUGUGGUGCUUGGGUUCUCGUUUUUAUGGGACAGCAUGGCAAAUUAAAAGGGACCUUUGUAUCAAGACAAAUUACCUGGCUAUUACCAGAAGUUUCGGCGAAAUGUUUACGUUUUGAUUGACAAGAUUUGAUUUAAUCAACUUUCGCCAACAAGCAAUGGUUGGCAGUGAUGCAGUCACUGUGGAGGCAGAACCCUCCUCCCGGACCUACUACAACACCUGGCCAGAUGGCAGGGCCGGCACAGAGUGCCGCUGCCAGCUGCAGGCCUCGACAGACGAGAGCGCCGCCGGCGACCCGGGCUCGGUGUACCAACACCGCUGCCAGACGUGCGCCGGCGCCGACUGCAUGCACCCGUGCCGCGACCCCGGCCGACACUACGCCAAGCUGGGCCUGUCCGCGCCGCCGGCGUCCCCGCAGGGCGGCGGCCGGCCCUCCUGCUGCUGCCACAAGUCGCGCUCGGCGCCGUCGGCCAGCGGGCUGUGUGUGGACUCGCUGCCGCUCGUGUACGACCGGCGGACCCGGCAGCUGCGGCUGCAGCCGGCCGUGCCGCCGCCGCCGGCCGCGCCGCCGCCACCGGCGCCCGGGAAACCCGGCCUGGAGGAGGAGCGCGACAGCGGCGUCGGCGAGAGUCCGUCGAGCACGCUGCAGCAGGGCGCGGCGGCGCCGCGGCCGCUGCGCCGCGCCGACGGCUCCCUGAGCAGCACCUCGAGUCUCAGCACCGACUACAGCCUGUACUCGGAGCGGCCGGCCGCCUCUGACGGCGGCUCCAGUCGCGACCUCAGCGCGCAGGGCGCCGCCGCAGCAGCCGCCGACAAGGCCGCCAAGAAACGCGGCAUCUCCGGACUCUUCUCACGGGGUUUAUUCUCAUGGAGAUCUAAAGAAUCUCAAUCUCCUGGCAGUCUUUCAACAAAUGUUCCUGGAUGGAGAUUAUUCAACAAAUCACAAGCGGACGACGGCGAUGCCUCUCACACCUUACUGCCGACGCCGAGCUGCACCAGUCUGACGAGCCUCACCAGCCUGGCGAGCCUGACGAGCAGCACGGGCGACUCUCCGUGCCGAGCGGCGCGGCGCAACUCUGGCCUGCAGGCCGGCAGCAUGGGGCUGAUCCUGGAGCCGCGGCCGCACCACCUGCCCGCCAAGAGCCGCGCGGAGGAGAGCCGACAUCGGCUCGAACACCAGCGCAUGCUCGAGGAGGCCAGGCGCAGAGAUCAGAAGGACUCGAAAUCUCGGAAAAAGGCCAUACAGGCGCAGCUCAAAACGGAGCACAGUCUUGCUCAAAGUACAAAGAUCUGGAAUCAAGAUAUUCUUCCGAACUGGGAAAAGGUGCGUCACACGAGGAAAGUAUCCGACCUCUGGUGGAACGGCCUGCCGCCUAGUGUGCGCGGACGUGUCUGGAUGCUGGCGCUCGGCAAUGAUCUGCAUGUGACGCCGCAGCUGUACAAGGUCUACCACCAAGAGGCGCUGUCAAUUCUGCGAGCGGCCGCGCAGGGGAACGCUCCCCGCUCUCCAUGUGAAGUGCGUGAGGCCAAGACCAGCUCGGUGGACCUGAUUCGGCUGGAUGUGGCCAGGACGUUCCCCCAGCUGGGGCUAUUCCAGAAGGGCGGUCCGUACCACGACCUGCUGCACGAGCUGCUGGGCACGUACGCCUGCUACCGGCCCGACGUCGGCUACAUCCAGGGCAUGUCGUUCAUCGCCGCCGUCCUGCUGCUCAACACGGACCCCGAGGACGCGUUCGUCUGCUUCGCCAACCUGCUCAACCGGCCGUUCCUCUUCAGCUUCUUCCAGCUGGACCAGAGCAUGAUGAGCGCCUACUACGCCACGUACACGGCACUGCUGCGGGAGAACCUGCCGGCGCUGUGGCAGCACAUGGAGGCCGAGGGCGUCACGCCCGACCUCUACCUGGUCGACUGGCUCUACACGCUCUUCUCCAAGUCGCUGCCCCUGGACGUGGCCUGUCGUAUCUGGGACGUGUUCCUGCGAGACGGCGAGGCGUUCCUGGCGCGUGCCGCGCUCGGGAUCCUGCACCUGUACGACGAACAGCUGCGUUCCAUGGAGUUCAUCAACCUGGCGCAGUUUCUCACUGGUCUGCCCGACGACCUCGACUCGGAGGCGCUCUUCAAGAGCAUCACCAAGGUGCACACCAGCAUCGGCAGGCAGACCUUCCACGACCUGGUGGAGCGGAGCCGGCGGCCGUCGCCGCUCGGCUCGCCGCGCUGAGCUGGCGCUCCGAGGGCACCAGUCGGCCCGGGAGGAGUCCGCCAGCCCCGGCGCCACGACUGAAUACUCCCUGUACACUGGGUGAUAUAUCGACUCUAUUCGUACCCGCCGGUACCUGAUAGCCACUGACGCGUGCUAGCUUAGAUUGUUUACCACGGUGAUGAUGUACGAUUUUUACCGAUGUUGUUGCGGCGUGAGGCCGUUUUAGAUCUGUCGAAGGAGAUGCUAUGGGGGAGGGAGGGAGGGGCGGCGGCUCGCGGCGGCCGUCUGCUCCGCAGAACGGGUGCAGUGAGGCGCCGGUUUUACGUGCCUUCUCUGAGAGCGGCGGCGGCGGCGCGCAGUGCCCGCCGAGCCCUACUCGUAUGUUGUCGCCGCAGGGGCCGCUACUCCGCGGCCGGCCCCGGUGUUCAUUGACGAGACGUGACAAUUCGACAGCAUUAUUAUUACGAGCAUGCAUCUCAUUUAUUGAACAUAAAAGACACUGACUGA